AUGGAUUGGGAUAAACUUUACAACGAUAAAGAUUGUAAAAGCAGACACACAGAUAAAACAACAUACACCUUGGGAAACAUUACAGAUGGGGAGAUAUUAAUUCAGUUUACAUUGUGGACUGGGACGAAUGGAAAGGAGGCAACUGUAGAAGUGUUAAAUGGAAAGGAGAGUAUUAUUAAAUUAUAUGCAAAUGAGACAAUGAUUAUUCACAGUUUUGAGGUAAAUUUAUGUCCGGAAACAGGGCGGGCGCAAGAGCAUAACGCAAAAUUAAAUAAUUUUUUAACCCGCAACCCCAAGUAG